AUCCGAUGGGCCAUCCUGUGCAUUUGGGAAGUAUAUAUAGAGUAAUGUGUGGGAAGUGGUACACAUAUGAACAUAUUCGGUUGACAAUGGCGAAGGUAGUGUCUGUGUUGGUUUUCAUGGUGCUCUUGGCUGCGAUCGUGGAUGGCAGAGAAUGGAGGUUCGAAUCAGCGAAUCGAGUGAAACGCGGCUACAAUACUGGCCUGGGCUCCAACAACGGAGGUUAUGGUCGGAGCGAUGAGCAAGAUGCCAGUGUCAGCAGGGAACGAUAUGGAUGUAGUGAGCCUCAAGGAGGUGGCAGCUACGGCAGCGGCAGCCGCGAGCUACCAUACGACAGAGACGACCGCUCAAGCGACCGACAUCACCGCUUUCUAAGCAAAGCGACAGCAUCCGCCUCCGCUAAAGCGUCCGCGACCUCCUUCAACCAGGACCACACCAACCUUUGAAUUUAGAACGCCACAAACGAAUUUAGAAUGUAUGAAAUGAAACGUUCAGGAAAUUUUAGCAAAGAGUUUUUAUGUUUAAUACUUUUUUACUAUCUUCUAGAUCUUUGUGGCAAGGGAAUUGGUUGUUAGUGACGUAAUUAUUUUAUUUA